CGCCAUCUUUGUUUUGAGAGUUGAAAAGAAAGAAAAGAAAAAUAGGUCAAGAAGAACUAAAUAAAUGGACCUCUAGUCUAGGUUUGAGAGAAGUUGUAUAAAAGGUUGUUGACUCCUCAGUAACAAAUAUUUCUUUCAAAAAACAACCCAAAAACAUGGAUCCAGAUUAUGAAAAAAGACUUCAGAGACUACAACAAAAUGGACAACUCUCUCCUAUUCCUUCUCCCUUUGGUUCGCCUGUCAGUACUAGUCCUAUAGCUUCACCCAGUAAAGAUAAAUAUGGUGACAGAUUCAUACCCAGUAGAGCAGGGGCGUGUUGGAAUAUUAACUUUAAUAUGAUACAAGAUGGAAAAACACCCUCACCCAGUACACCUCGGAAAGCUAAAGAACACCAAAGUGAUACAAAUAAAGAUGGAUUAGCUUAUAAUUGUUUAUUAAAAAAUGAGUUGUUGUUAGCUGGUAUUGAUGAUUUGAAGGAUCAACAAGAUGAAAGAAAAGUUUUAGUAGCCAAAGAAAGUAAAAAUUUAUUUCGGUAUCGUGUACCUAGGCAUAGUUCAGAAGGUGGGGAUGCUUCACCAUACAGUUUAUCACCAGUAGGCAGUAAAAGUCAGAAAUUAUUACGAUCUCCUAGAAAGGCUGUGCGAAAAAUCUCCAAAAUACCUUUUAAAGUUUUAGACGCUCCAGAAUUACAAGAUGAUUUUUAUCUCAAUUUAGUGGACUGGUCAUCUCAGAAUGUUUUAAGUGUUGGGUUAGGUACAUCAGUAUAUUUAUGGUCAGCCUGUACAAGUCAGGUAACAAGAUUGUGUGAUUUAAUGACAGAUGGAGACACAGUUACAUCAGUUUCUUGGUCUGAUAGGGGAAAUCAAGUGGCUGUGGGGACGAAUAAAGGUCAUGUACAAAUAUGGGAUGUUGCAAUGACCAAGAAAAUAAACACAUUAGAAGGGCAUAGUGCUAGAGUGGGUGCAUUAGCGUGGAAUGGUGAUAUGUUAUCGUCAGGUAGUCGUGAUAGAUUAAUAUUACAGCGUGAUAUACGUACACCAAUGAUAGCACCAGAACGUAGGUUAACAGGGCAUAGACAGGAGGUUUGCGGGUUAAAAUGGUCUCCAGAUCAUCAACAUUUAGCAUCAGGUGGUAAUGAUAAUAAAUUGUAUGUGUGGAAUAUGACAAAUACUACCCCCGUUCAAACAUACACAGAACAUUUAGCUGCUGUUAAAGCUAUAGCCUGGUCACCACACCAGCAUGGUUUAUUAGCUAGUGGGGGUGGUACAGCUGACAGAUGUAUUCGAUUCUGGAACACGUUAACAGGGCAGCCAUUACAGUGUGUAGAUACAGGAUCUCAAGUGUGUAAUUUAGCCUGGUCCAAACAUUCAAAUGAAGUGGUUAGCACACAUGGUUAUUCUCAAAAUCAGAUAUUAGUAUGGAAAUAUCCUUCAUUAGUGCAAAUAUCUACAUUAACUGGGCAUACAUAUAGAGUUCUUUAUUUAGCAAUGUCACCUGAUGGUGAAGCUAUAGUUACUGGAGCAGGAGAUGAAACAUUAAGAUUCUGGAAUGUAUUCAGUAAAACUAAGUCUACAAAGGAAUCAAAGUCUGUCCUUAAUUUAUUCACUCGUAUUCGAUAAAAUCGACAUCAUUUAUACCACCUUCUCUUUACUUUUAUCAUUUCUUUUAUUUAAAUCUCUUAACGACCCAUCGUAACUUCCACAAUAUGACCAUACUUUGCUUCCUGGUUCAAACUUAUUCACAUGGCGAUAUUACAUAGUCUUUGUUAUAUAUAUCUUUUAGUUUAAUAUUUAUUUGUAAGUUUUGUUGGUCUGAAUAUUGUUAUUUUCUUUUUGUUUAGUUUACUAGGUUUUCCUUCUGAACAAAUUUCGGUUUUGAUCUGCCUAGAAUUAUUUGACCACUGAUCUUGUCUGUGUCCUCAGUUUACAGAAAAUCUGAGAUCACUAACUCAGCUGAAUAUGUCCUGGCAAUAUUCAUCUGAAAGUGUGUAUGUAACCCUUUUUCGCUGUAGAUAUUCCUUAUUUCUAUCAUAGUCUGAAAAGAGUUAAAAAUUAGUAAUAAAAAGAAGAAAAAAGGAGUCUUUUCAAAAAAAAUAUGCAAUUUACUAAUUUUUGUUAAAAGGGAUGACGUCAAGGAAUGAUUUCACAAUGUCAAAGCUGAAGUUCUAUUGAACCAUGCCAAUUUAGACAUUUUAAGGAUGAUUAGAUGAUACAUUUAUUUGUUAAACAUUGCUGUCAUUUGAUACAUUGCGAAUCCCAUUUCUUGCUUAAUUACUAGGAGAAUUAGGGUUUUGUACUAUGUUAGGGUUUAUAAAUUUGAAAUGUACAUAAAUAUUCCAAGCAUUGUUCAGAAGGAAAACCUCUUUUUUAACAUAACUAAAACAUUGAAACCCGGUUCUUGUUUCUUAAUGAAUCUUGCGAUUAUUUUAGGUUGUAAGUGUGUUUCUUCUUACUCUUAAAGUCCACACUAACGACAUAUUUUUAUCAAAAAUAUUUUCAAGAACAGGGCUUGGGUUCCAUUUCUCAAAAUAUCUUGAUCGUUUUAUGUUGUAAGUGCGUUAUUUCUUACUGCAAAAUUCCACACUUACGACAUAUUUUAUCAAAGAUUUUUACUAGAACAGUGGCUUUGACCAUAAGUCUACAGUACAUGAAGUCAGGAUUUUGAGGGAUCAGGAAUUUAUUUUAGACUGGGAUACUAACACCAUUCUAAUGGGCAAUUCUGAUGUAGAUUUGCAAAAAAAACACUUGGUUAAACUUUGUACUUAUUUAGAAAUACUCUUUUAACUCAUCCUGUCAAAUCUUAUGGCUGUGUAAAAUUUCAAUGCCAAUGUGAGCAAAUUUUAGCAGCAACUUUUUGAUACAAAGUCACCCAAAGCUGGUCUUGUUUGAUAAUAAUUUUAUUUUUCAAGAAAUAAUUUCUUAUUUUAAAUGUCAUUUAAAUAUUUGUUCUAAUUUGAAUAUGAUUGAUUUCUUUUAAUAUUCUUAAGAACAUCUGAAAUUCUGCAAGAUAUUGUCCAAUGAAUGAGCAUGUGUAUCACAUGAUCCUUGACACAGGAGGCAGAUAUUUUCAUUAUUUCAACCACAUAACUCAAUUGGGCUACCUCAAUCUUGAAUUUCAAAAUGUCAUAUGUAAGUUUACUGCCAGGACUGAUCUUUAUAUAAUAUUCUCAUUUUUCACAUCUUUUAAUAUGGUUAUUGUUAUCCAAAAGCACAUCUUCACAAUGGUCAAGUUAUUACAAUCUUUGUUCUUGACUACAAUAGCCACUAUUCUUGUAU